AAAGUUAGUAGUGAAAAAGGGUAUUAACCAAAGAGAUGGUCCGAUCCACCCCAUCAAGCUUUCUGAGUUUAUUUCAUUCACUUCUCCGACACGACAACAGCAUCACUGAUUCACUUCCGCAGUUCUGCUUCGCUCUCGUAUAUCGUCUCCUCUAGCCGGCGCCGACUGCACAUCCUUCUGCCUACGGCUCCGGAAACGCCUAUUACAUUGUGAUGGCGUAAUCUGUAGUAUUUUCUAUGCCAUGUGUACAUAAACGGCUGGAUUGAAAUUUCAUAUAUGAUCAUUGUUUAGUAUGCAGUCCAGGUAGAAGGUAGAAUGGAUGUUUUUAUAAAAUCUUCGGUUCCACUUUUUUCAUUUUAACAGUCAAAGAAAGGCGUAAAACAGGAAACGAAGAGUUGAAAGAAUGGCCUUCAGAGUGGUUGGUAGGAGAUUAUUGAGGAGCAAGCUAUUACCCAUGUUCACUCCUGCUUCUACAUUGCAUUCACAUGCCACUAGCUUUGGAUUUAAAGAAGUAAAUGAAGAAGAAAAAAGCCAACUGGUUGGGAAUGUCUUCACCAAGGUUGCAUCAAAUUAUGACAUCAUGAAUGAUUUGAUGAGUGGUGGAUUGCAUAGGUUGUGGAAAGAUAGACUGGUUUCAAAAUUGAGUCCGUUUCCUGGGAUGAAGCAUCUUGAUGUAGCUGGUGGGACAGGUGAUGUUGCUUUUAGGAUUCUAGAAACAAUCAACAGUGUUAAUCGCAGAGCCAUAGAAGACACACUUGAAGAUGAUUUGCAGAGAGAAACUCAGAUUUAUGUUUGUGAUAUCAAUCCAAAUAUGUUGGAUGUUGGUAAAAAACGAGCCCAACAAAGAGGGCUUGGAGAUCAGGGGUCUCUCAUAUGGGUUGAGGGAGAUGCAGAAAAACUCAAUUUUGAAGAUGAUUCAAUGGAUGGUUACACUAUUGCUUUUGGUAUUAGGAAUGUUACACACAUAGAAAAGGUUCUUGCUGAAGCAUAUAGGAUACUCAAGAAAGGAGGGAGAUUCCUUUGUCUUGAACUCAGCCAUGUUGAAGCUCCAGUUUUCAAGCAACUGUAUGAUUACUAUUCAUUCUCGGUUAUUCCAGUUGUAGGAGAGUUAGUUGCAGGAGAUCGUGAUUCUUAUCAGUAUUUGGUUGAAAGUGUUAGGCGUUUUCCUCCUCAGGAGGUGUUUGCUUCAAUGAUUGCGGAUGCUGGAUUUCAAAAGGUGGAGUAUGAGAAUCUUGUGGGAGGAGUGGUGGCAAUCCAUUCUGGGGUGAAGUUUUAGAUGCUUAUUUCUUUCUAGAUUCUAAUUCAAAUUUAUUUCAAGUUAAUAAGAUGGAGUUGCUAAAGAUUUAGCUUCAAUUUGUUUGUUCAACACUUUGAAUAUGUAAAAGAAAGUUAGACACUGUUCCAUGUGGCCUAACAGUAGUAUCAGGAGUUGUUGGAAAGGUGUUCUUCAGUUAAUAGGUUGAGGGUUAAAAUCAUGUGUGAGAGAAAUGCGUAGAUACAGGAGGAUUGCAUUGACACAGUAAGAUUAAUGUUUGUGGUCAAUGUUACAAGAA